UCCAUACCUAUAGGAGUGGAUAAGCAGCGAUUGGAAGGACUUGGAAACUUUAGAGGGGUAGUUCUUUAGAGUGAUCCUCCUCUCUCUAUAGACUCCUUAGCUCGGCUCUCUCAGACUCGCUGUUGCUUUGAUAUCCUCCUUAACAACAGUUAACGUCAUCGCAUAGCCCUCUGAAGGGGAGUUUUGUCUAGAAGGGUGAAGCGUUGGAGCUCUCAGAGGGCUUACACUGUAGGAGCAGCAAGCAGCAUCCACGGAGCCUCACUCACUCCUAACAAGAAGCACAUAUUUUGAUUAUUUAUUCAGCCCAGAAAACGCAAGAUACUACCGCAAAAGAUAUGGAGCACCAGCUGCUGUGCUGUGAAGUGGAAACCAUCAGAAGAGCUUACCAAGACGCCAACUUACUAAAUGACCGAGUUCUACAGACAAUGCUCAAAGCAGAGGAAAAUUAUCUCCCGUCUCCGAAUUACUUCAAGUGUGUCCAGAAAGAAAUAAUACCUAAAAUGAGGAAAAUUGUGGCUACAUGGAUGUUAGAGGUCUGCGAGGAACAGAAAUGCGAGGAGGAGGUUUUUCCCCUGGCUAUGAACUACUUGGAUAGAUUUUUGUCUGUGGAGCCCACAAAUAAAACCAGAUUACAACUCCUGGGAGCUACUUGUAUGUUUUUGGCCUCAAAGAUGAAGGAAACGGUCCCUUUAACUGCAGAGAAGUUGUGCAUUUACACCGACAACUCCAUCCGGCCCAGCGAUCUAUUGCAAAUGGAACUACUGACUCUAAACAAGUUGAAAUGGGAUCUAGCAUCAGUAACACCUCACGAUUUCAUAGACCAUUUCCUCUCCAAGCUACCAAUCCAUCAGCACACGAAGCAGAUUCUGCGCAAGCAUGCCCAGACAUUCGUGGCUCUCUGUGCAACAGAUGUCAAAUUCAUCGCCCUCCCUCCCUCCAUGAUCGCAGCAGGCAGUGUGGCAGCAGCGGUGCAGGGGCUGUACCUAAAGAGCAAAGACGGUGCACUAUCAUCCCAGAACCUAACCAACUUUCUGUCCCAAGUCAUCAGGAGUGACCCGGACUGCCUGAAGUCGUGUCAGGAACAGAUUGAGUCUCUGCUUGAGUCUAGUCUGAGACAGGCACAGCAACAUAGUGUCUCCACAGAAACAAAAAGGGUAGAGGAGGAUGUGGACCUGUCCUGCACCCCUACAGACGUGAGGGACAUUAACAUUUGAGUGGCAUCUUCCCCAUUUUUUUUGGAAAUAUUUUUGAGGCUCUGGCCUUACCAUGAGGCCAUCUGGGAAAAGAGGACACCAGCGCACCCUCGAGUCGUCACCCUCUGAACACACUCUGGCAAACGCUAAAUGUGCCACACCUGUUACGGUGCCCCGGCCUUGUAUGGCCUCCCAGUGACAUGUGGCCGCCCUCAGCCAGGGCUGUCAAGAAAGGACUGAACACCUCACUUUUCUGAGACCUUCAGUCAUAUUCCCUCUCAUUCUCCCAUCCCGUCUGGCUCAAGACAUAGACAAGGAUGAUAGCAAAAAUGAAUUCUUGUGAAAGAUACACAACUAUAUGGAUGAAACAAAAACAUUUAUAGUUUAUGUGCAAGAUUAAGCCACAGAAAUAUACAUUGUUACUACCCAAUGUUGAACUAGGAUUUUUUUUAAAUACCAUAGACUGAUUCUACAUGCUUACUUAAAACAUUUAAAAUAACAAGUAGGUAUUUUUUGUCUGUCUUUUGUGUCUAGGUUUUUAUUUGAAGUAUAAAUUCAUUUAUAAAAGAGAAGGGGCAUUUUUGUUAUCUAUUAGGCAUUUUGCUUGCUAUCAAAGCUCCUGUUUUCCCCCCAGUCUAGUCGUCUGUAUAUCCCUGCUUGCUUAUGCGUUUAAUCACUUUAUUAAAUUGUCUAGACUUCUAAAGAAAUUCUGAGCCCCUAGUUUUGGCCUCUUCUCUUUUUAACUGAGUUGUAUAGCUCAACAGUAUACUUUUAGUAUAUAUUGCUCUGUUUUAUUGUUUAGAUUGUGGAUUGCUGAUGCUGAGGUUUGGCAAAUAAGUUCAUUCAUUCUUCAGUAUAAGGACAAUUACUUUAUAUUCAAUUAGGAGUAAAUUGAAUGAACCAGCGUUGUUUGGCUGUUGAUUUGUGAUUUAUUCUGUCCUCAUUGCUACAUAUGUACAUAUAUCAACAGCUAGCUAUGACACAAUAAGCUAAAAAUCUAGCAUUAGUUGCAAACCUUUACCAUGCAAUCCAUAGUUAAUUUUUUUUUGUGGUUAUAUCUUACUUUCUAAUACCGUUCCAUUUUUAAAAGCACUUUUAGUCAGGUUUUUUUUUUUCUGACUCAUAAAAGAAAAAUCACAAAAAAAUGGAAAAAAUGGUAUGGAGUGGAGCAGGUCUCUUUUAACUAUGGUGUUAUGUGUUACAAUUUUGGGUACAAGUCAACGCAGCCCUUACAGCAAUCCCGUGUCCCCUUGAUGUAGAAGGGUAUUCUUUUGGAGAUUGUUAUGCCACAGUUCUUACAGGAGGGGUCUAUAGUGAGACGAGCGUUGGGUGUGGCAUGUUUCUGCAUCCUGUAUCCCAUCGCUUGAACGGCAUCCAGAGCAUUUGAAACACUAAAGUAUCAAACUUGAAAGCUAAAACAAAGAUGAACAGUGUUUAUUACAUGUUUUCCUCUUGGAGCCAGUGCAGAUUAGAAACAGGAUGCCAAAGUCUGUCUGUGUACGUAACAUUUUGUACACAACUAUUUACCAGAGUGCUAAACGCGACUGCCCUCCAAAUCAUGUAUGACAGUGUUUUCUCAACACAAAACUGAAAGAAAAACACCAUAGUUAAAAUGCUGUUUAGAAUAUGUGUAGUUGAGGGGAUAAAAAUACAACAACAAAAAAAAUAGGUUUAGAGAUGAUUUUUGCACAAACCUGAAGACAUAGGCUAUGUUUUUGUGGCUUGCCUAAGAGAAGUGGAUCACUAAGAUGGGAUGGGUAACGUUGAAAAGUGGGAGUGGGGAAAAAGCGAGGCAAAAAGGGUGACAGCUUGACAGCAACACGUUUCUGUUGAAUUGCUGAAUUAAGGUGUUUGAUUGUACAUUGAGAAAAAGAGACAAGAAAACAGGAUAAUGGGAGACCACACUCCUCCUUUUGAGCUGCUAUGGAGGAAUUUCCAGCAAAGUGUAAAACAACAAGAAAAAAACCAUGCUUUUUCUCCUAUUGUUUGCUGCUAUAUAUUUUAUACAUAUAAAAUGUCAAUAUACUGCCAUGUAAUAGGUUUUUAAUUUUCUAUGAGAAAAUUGUUAUUGACGUCUUUGUUUUUGUAGUCUUGUCAUCAGUUUUUACUUUAAUAUGAUUUCAGUGCUAUUCCAAAAAGAUGAAAAAAUUAGACAAUGGACAUGGUUUUUAUCAACAAUACCUCAUAUUACAGUCAAGAUUUAUCUUUAAUUUAGUUUUGAAUUUUGAUUUUAUUUUACUUGUUUGUUCAGUGGCUGAUUGUCCUGUUUUUAAACUGCUAAUGGUAAUGCAUUGAUCAUUAUCCAAAUGGGUCCUGAUGUGAGCAAGUAGAGAGCAUUGAUUGAAACUGGUGCCAUAACAGACCAGAUUAUAUAACUCUUUUGAGUGUUAAGCUGUCUCAUUGAAAGAGUCUUUAUCCCCUUUAAGCUCCUGAAGGCCCUGCUAUUUUUUAUAUAUAUAUAAAGCAUUUGCUCAAGUUAAAACCCGUAAUGAGUUUGAGUUUGUUAAAUACCAAGCCAUAGAAUUAUUUUCAAAUCAUCAUGCCGUUAUACCACACAGUUCAGUACAUGCUUGUCUAGAUAUCUUGUUCUCCACCAAGAAGCAUAGCAUAUUGAUAUUUGUGUCAACUGCACAAUAAAUGGUAAAUAGAUUUAAAUCUUGGAACACUGCAAUUUUUUUCUUAACUGAACCACUACUGGUACAUUGAAGCUAAAAUAAUGGGCUACAGAUAUUGUUAGGCACACUUCCAUUUGACCCAGACAUCCUUCAAUCAGAGUUAAUGAGUGUGAGAGCCAACAGUGGUUCACUUAGCCAUAGACAUGAUGCUGCUAUAUGUUCUGGUUGUAGAUGUGAGGUAGGCCUAGUGUUGCCUAGUAUUUGACAAAUGAUGUUGCUGCAAGCUGCUCAAAUUUCUACUAGCUAACACAGGACCCAGGAUGGAGAUAUUGUUUUUCUGUCUAGUGUAAGGAAUACUUGUUACCUCAAAAAAUGGGGAAAAAAAUACAUUGAUGCCCUUGGGCUCAACUAAAGAUGACAUUACAUAUUUCUGUCAUAUGAAUAAAAAGUGCUGAUAGUAAAAAUGAAAACAGAAGGGGUGGAGAUCUUUGUCCAAACUUCAACAGAAUGUGCUUACCCCCCCCCCCCC